GUUAGAUUCAUGCACGCAUGCACACGAAAGCACACGCGUGAGGGUAGCGUAUGAGAGCGCAUGCAUAGUCAUAGUCACUCACUUACCCACGCAUAGAUUUUAUAUCGGAAUUCAGAAGGUGGUCCCUUCCGAACUUCUGCGCAAUAAGGCCACUAACCGUGACAGCCUAUUUUUAUAUAAGCACCUUAUAAUAGUAUAUAUAUGAUCAACACCUUUACUCAAACUUUUAAAAUUAGGUCCGACUUAGAUAUUUUUAUUUAUUUAUAUAUCUAAAGAAGGAGCUGUAAUCAGGACACAGCCAAUAUGAACACAACUGAUGCAAAAUUUGUCCUGGGGGGAGUGUGUGGACUACUUAUCAUUAUCUGCGUGCUCCUGAACCGGAGAUUAAUAUUCAAACGAGGCGAGAAAAGCAUCGGUCCAGGUUUGGUGGCGAGGGAGACAACGGAGAAGACUCUGUUGCCACCCACCGCACCGGAUGUCGAUCCCAAAGACGAUAAGCCUCUCCCACCAAAGCCGCCUACUAUCAAAAGCUUCGCGUAUUAUCUCGGCACGGACUCCCCGCAGAUCAGAGAUGAGCUCAACAAGAAAGUGGACAUGGUUAUUGUACGCGGCCCAGGAAAAAUCAGUGGAUCAAGGAGCUCCUCCACUGAUGAGAAACCCUCGAGUGAACUCGGCAUGCUCCCGGAUGGGAACCUGGUGAUGCUGGAUAGGUCUACUGUGGUGGAAGACGACAACAUGAUGUCCUUUCCGAACAUCGUGCAGAGCAAACCUAAGGAGAGGGAAAAUGAUGUGGAUACCAUGUUCAUUGUGCUGGUUGAUCUGAUCUCGUUGUCUGCGGAGGAGAAGACAGGCUACGAGAAGCGCUUCAGGAAGAGGCUGUCGGAUUUUUUGAGUAAAACGGGCUCGAACAACUAUCAGGGUGUUGUCUUUGGCGGGAUCAACGCGUGCACAGGCAUUCUGGGUGUGCAGAUGGUGGCUAAGCUCAUCCAGUCUGCUAAGCUGCAGUUCCCACAGCACCUGUUCUUCAUGGAAGAGGGUGGCUUGGUGUUUGACCACGUGUCAGACUUCGUCAACGGCGUUAUCCUUCUGAACCCAACGCUGGAUCCCAGUGGCAAGCUACGUGUGCGUCUGUACGACAAAGAGACGGAGACCUACAACCAGUUUGUAGCCAAGCUCAACACAGAGAUCGCCAUCCGCACAGACUUCUUUACGCUCGCGUGUGAGGCUGUGAGAGUGCCGCCGCCUGCGGAGUUGGUGGCGAACUUUGUGUCGUUUACGGAGGGGCUUGGGUUUGUGGGAUGGAUGACAACUGACGUCACCAUGCAGAACACCAAUCAAGUGCGUCCGUUGGCUCUGGAUCUGAUGCCCGGAGGUCUCCUUGGAUUGAUCGACAUCUCGGCUGUGGUCAGUUGCUGUAAGGCAGUGGCGGCUGUGACUAAACAACACUCUCUGGUGCUACAGGAUAGCGUGCCGUCACAGGACUGGGAUACCUUUCUCCAAGAGUUGGGCAUGGACGAUGUGAUUGAGGACUACUGCCCCGAGAUCAAGUUCAUUGACCCGGAUGUGUGGAGGCUGGAUAACGACAUGCGCAAAGUGGACAGUCGGUCCUUUCAGCUUGCACUUGCACCUGUAGAUCCGGACUUUCGAGACUGGCCAAGCAAUGAGUGCCGAGGUCAACGUCCUGUCGGUGAAUGGGCGCAUGACUUCAAACACGAGGACCGUAUCCUGGCGUCGCUGAGUUUCCUGCAAGGAGAAGGCCAUCUCAAGAACAUUGCGGAUGUUAUUAAGCUGGAGGUAGUGCCUGAGUCAUUCGACCAGUUUGAAAACAACGUCGUCGAUGCGACAGAACCCUCCUUUGACGAGCUAAUCUCUACCCUGGCUGGGCUGCUAGAAGAACCUACGCCCAGUGCACAGAGUUAUCUGCGCAUGUGCAGCCAAACAGCAGUGCAGGAGCUGCAUGUGCUUAAGGCUGGCCUCAUGCGCAAGGUCAUUAAGGUGUUCACAGCCGAUAAGACGGUGUUCUUCUACCAGAACAAUGCGGAGGAUAAUAUAAACUCUCUGAGCAUUGAGCAACAAAUCGCUCACCAGUGGGAACGGGCCAGCCGAUUCAUGGCAAUGUACGAAGACGCAGACCGUCUACUCAACAUCUACGUAGCCUCAGACCACCCUAGUGUAGCCGAAGCCACGCUGCACUGCUACAUGAAGUACAAGGGCUUUUCCCAGAGCGAGUGUGUGAUAAUGGAACAUCUCAUCGAGGCCCAGGCUAACCCGCGCACGGGCGGUGACUUGACGGUCAAGCCACGCCGCGUAGGAUGGGAGUUGGCGAAUGCACCCCGAGAAGAGUUGAUUGAACUAACACUCAACACAAACGUAACCCAACGACGCAUCCGUGAACGGCGUGAGCUGUCAGACGCCCAACGCGAAGUGCUGUUUCAGUUGUGCGAGUACAUUGCGGUGGUGUCACGUGUGCGCUUGAUCGACGAGGUCAGUGCCACCAGCCGAAGUAUUGCGGAAGUCAAGGCUUUGCUGCAUGAGCCUAAGUCGGAUGUGUUGCGUGAGAUGUGUAACAUGGUGUCGUCUGCCACAGUCAACGCAGACGCACGGCAGUCGUUUGUUGAGCUGUGCACUGCUUUGGAUGAAUAUGUGAAGAAAAACACAGGCAGCUCAGAGAAGGAGGCCAAAGCAGUCACUAAGAUACGCUACUUCUACCGGAUCAUCCACACAGCGUUCCGUCGCGUGGUGCUGCGUGAGCUGUGUCUGAAGGUACAGCAGGUCAAUCCGUUGCCACUGCCUGAUCCCGAUCAGAUCACAGUCAACAUAGAGAUGCAGGUGUCACGUGACAAGAUUGCCUUUCUCUUUGGCCUUAGUAGUAAUCAGCUGGGACGCAUCCUGCACGAUUAUCUGCGUGGUCAAAUAGUGCGAGAGGAGAUCGUGGGCCUUAAGGAAAGCACGCAAGUGGAAUCGGAUGAAGACUCGGAGGAGAGCGUCGCCUUCUUCAAACGCCUGUCCAGUGGCAUGUUCUUCACAGUGCCGGCCAUGCUGGAUGUGUUGCUGAUUCUGUUUGUGCAGUCGGGUAUCUUCAGUUCCUCGCUGAUGAGUAAGAAUGCAGUGAACGUCGUCAACCUGACGUUCCUAAUUGUCUUCACUGUCAUGGGCGGAGUAGCCAACAGUAUUGCGCGUGUGUGCAGCUACUACUUCAGUCAGUACUCUAUCCCCCUCAUGCUGGCGUCCUCCAUGCGAAGAAUUACUGGAGGGCUGCUGUUUGCGUUAUUCUGGUCGGUUGUGGGUGGGGUCGUUGUGGCAGUGAUCACUCCUGAGGCGCCAUGGUGGGGCUUGAUGUGCUUCUUCUACGUCUUCACCUUCUCCGUGUUCUUCAUGUUCAUGUCCACUCUCUUUAUAAUGCAGACGGGCACAGACUUUGUGCUGAAGGGAAAGGGCCCCCGCGCAGUCUUCAUUGCCCUGCUGCUGCUAACUGUGCCGUGCAUUAUCGUCGUGGUUGCCGACAAAGCAUUUCAUUACAGAUUCCCCUUCGAUGUGAUCUUCAUCUACUACGGCUUCAUGGUGAUCUCCACUACCUGGCUGAUGUAUUCGUUCAGAAGCAAUGCCGAGGACUGGCUGCAAUGGCCCAACUCAAUCCAAAUCACAAAGGUGUCCAGCAUUGAAGAAGCCUACAGCACUAAAGUCAAACGGCCCGUGCGCCGUCCCGAGGAGUCUAUCACGGACCACGGCAAACGUGUUAAACGUUUUGAGAAGCGUGCGCGUACGUUCUUUAUGCAGGCGGUAUACGAUCGGUUGGACAAGGAGAAGAAACAGUGGUUCCUGCCCUCACGCUCAUACAAGGAAGGCAGCCCUAUGAAGAUCGUCGAGGAGAGAUGUGGGCAGACCAAAUCGGAGAAGAUUUUGAUGAAUUGGUAUCUCAUGCGCACUGGUCAGGACAAGCCAUUGUACGCAUCCUUCCAAUGGGAUGUCCUUCUCAAGCAGGCGCUGGGUGAGAUCCAUAAGAAGUUUUCUGUGGAGAAGUUGAACCGUGGGGGUCUGCUGUAUGACUUCGAGGGCCAGGCUAUUCUGUUUGGGUGGAUGUACUUCUUCAUGAUCUUCAUCGAUCGCUGGUGCUCUAUCUUCACCGGCAACGGCAUCUUUGUGUUCAUUGCAGACUCUGCGAUUGGAAUCGAGUACUCGUACGGCAUUGGAUGGGCCACUGUGUACAUGCUGUUGUCGGCGGGUACCUUUGAGCUGAAUCUGAGUUCCAUUUCCAUCGCCGAGCGCUCGUGGCUGAGUGUGCGAUUGGGCGCAGAGAAAGCGGAACAGCUGGUAGAAUCACGUAAGGCGCAGAAGCAUCGGUUCUAUCGUGCUGAGCUGGCACGCUUCUUCACAGCCAUCUCCAUCGUCUGUUGCAUCACCACGGCUUUCAUGAUUGUGCUCAAGCCCAGCAAGGGCAUUGACGCGUACAAGUACUACGGCAUUGGAGUACUCUCUUACUCUGGCUUGCUGCUGGGUCUCUUCCACAAGCUGUUCCUGGCCCCCAAGGAAGGCGCCAUCAACGCGUGCCUGUUCACGGGCAUUGUGGUGGGGUUGUUGGUAGGUAUAGUGCUGACCAUCUUCCUGGGCUCUGUGUGGAGUCUGUCUGCCCUCACUGCCGGGUCGUGGACCUUUGGCAUUCUGGUCAUGUUCCUCUACAAGCGAGAGAUCCGAGUGCACCGAGGUGUGGCCCUGUCCCCCACUCUCAUGUCUUCGGGACAAGAGUGGUAUGGUGUGGAUGGCGUGGCUGGUGAGCAGAAUGUCCGAGAUCGUGUCCUCAAACCUCUGCUUAAGGACCGGUCCUCACGCCUGCAGAUCAGGCCAGACCAGGCAAUCGGCAAACAGGCGGUCGAGAUGAUCCGCAACACCGCCGCCCAUUAUGACUCGUUGCCCUCCGUAGUCAAAUCCGCCUAUCCCAAUGGCGCCAGGUCACUCAGUACUAUCGCCGAUGCGCUGGAACGGGGCAAAAUCAAGGCAUACAUGGUGCUACACACCAGUCUGUGGGUAGAUAAGGACCCCCUAAACGCACAGGGGUACUCAGCCCUGAGUGAGUAUGACAUGGCUAAGGAUAGGCUCAGAGUGUUCAUAGCCACUCCUUCAGGCGGAGCGGCCGAUAUCAUGGUACAGAUAGUAGCCGAAGCCAUCGUCCACGAGUACAUGGAAUCGUUUGGCAUGUCACACAACCAUGCCACAGUGUCGGAGAUACUGCUGGACGACCGCGUGCGGCUACCUCAGCGUGUGUCGUAUCACAUCGCAACAAUGAACGGCAACGCUCUGGUGGAUGUGAAGGCGAGCUUUGGCGCCAAUGUGUUCAAGGAGGCGCUGCUGCUCGUGGAUGUGGCGACGGAAUGGCAGAAGGUGCCAGAGAGCAUUCGCAUCUUCAUUGUGGACUACUGUCUGCAGUUCUAUGAUCUGGUGCACAAUGUCAUCAACACACAGACAAUUGAUAUGCGGCAACUGCCCUCCACCAGCAACAUAUCAGCCAGUGACAUGGUCAUGUACCGGUCCAUGGUAGGGGGCACCCCAGGCGAGGAGCUCGAGACGGUGGAGAGUCAGAUUGAGUCGAGUGUAGCUCGGUCGUGUCUGGGGUAUGAGCUGUCGCUGCGGGUGAAUGAAGUGGUGGACAUAAUGUUGGACCAGUUGACGCCUCAGGACUUCUUCUCACCGCACGAUGUGCUGGAGGAUACCUUCUCCGAUGAUGUGUCUCUGGCCUAUUCGCAGUGGUUUAUGUACCGCCUCAAUAACUUUUUCAGGUUGACGUUUAUGGCCUUUACUGCGGACCCUCGCAUUGGGCGUGAGAUGUGGUUUGGUGAGUGCUUGCCUGCAUGGUUGGCCCAUCUGCUUCUACCUACACUCCAUGCUACAGCCCGUCACAUUCUGCUGAGGAUGGAGCUCACCUUCUUACUCAGAUCAAAACACGUGCAACACUUCCUGUCACGCACUCGUCGUGGGUUGAACCGUGAGAUCUUCAACCUACAGAACCUACUCAGCAGCAAACCCAAGGACCCCUGCUACAUCAAGUACUACGACGCAGAGGUGCCCCUCACGGCCUUUGUGCAGCCGCCGAAUGCUGGGGCUGUCAAAGACGCGGCUGGCUUGUCCGUGCCGUUGGUAGAUCAGCCUCUGCUGAUUCACCAUUUCCAGGGUCUGCACACGGUCGUUCCCAAGGCAACACCAUCGAUUGUCAGCACGUACCAACGGGGAGCCAAGCGACCACGUCUGUUGAAGCAGUUCUUAGCAGGGGAGGGUCCGCAGAGACAGGGGCUGACGGUGUUCUACCACUACGAACCCCAUGUGCCGUACUAUCCCACGGCGGCGUUCUUCUUCUUGGGCAAUCUGGCGGCCAUUGAAGACGCGACCGAUGAGCUACGCUACAUGGCAUUGGCUUAUGAUCCCAAGUCGGGCAAUGUAUCUGCUGGCACGUUGUAUCGCACGCAAGUGGGUGUGGGCAAGGGAUCGCUGGUGAAUGAGUUUGAGGCGCGCUUCUUCUACGAGGAUAAUGGUGCGGGUGCCCCUAUCACCAGGGCCUUCUAUGUGUCUGUUACGGAGAAGUGGUCUAUGCUGGUGCAGUAUGCUGGAAAGGUGAGCGGCGAGGAUCAGCCGCACAUCUCUUAUGUGGACUACGUAGACCCUCACAACAUCAAGUGCCGUACGCAUUACUCCUACACCCAUCCGCUGCACCCCACUCUGCAGACCAUGAAGCUUCGCACAGGUAACAUCGCACAUCGGAAGGUCAAAGUAGAGACUCCGUUGGUGAUCAAGAACGAUCCAUACCAACUGAUCAAUGCACUACCGCCACGCGGCAUCUACCACUACGACAUGCUACUCACCCACGGCCUCAGGGAGAAGCGACGCGGCAACUACUUCGGGCAGCAGUGGACUGAGUUCUACUCCCGUGCUGCUACAACACAGCGCAAGCGAAUGGAACUGUGGACACUGUGGCGCUCAGGGUUCAUUGAGGGAGCCUUCGCUAUGGACAUUGACGAAGUCUUCCUGCGAGAAGAACCUAUCCUCAAGCGCUACUGGAAAUUCCGUGACCGUGGCGACAAGGCCGGUGCGCGUGACCAGAUAGACCACCACCUGGUUGCUAUCUCUAACCUGGUAGUACGAGACACCCCCAACACACGCACACACUUGCAACUGCGCAUAAGUGAUCUACAGGGCCUCGGCUGUGGCGGUGACUCGUCCGAGAUCACGUCGCUGGAUGUGAGCACAGACAUGAACCGGGAGAAUCUGCAGGUACUUUCGCUUGACUCUGGCACAUGGCCUACGGGUGGGGGUGGUGUGGGCAGUUGUCGUCGUGAUCUGAUUGACAAUCUCAACCGCGUGCGCUGGACGGCCAUUGCGGAAAUCGGAACCGAUUCAGAGAUGGUGCAGAAGGGAUACCAAGCCGAGCGUUUUGUGAAUGCCAUUGACUACGUGCCCUUGUGGGGACUGGAUAUGGGAACACCCAACCAGCAUGUGUUGUCUGACCAGCCGUACGGCGAGUUGCAGCUGAAGGCCAAACGUACGACGGACAAUAUUGUGAAGCGCAACUUCAUUCCGUUGCUACAGCAACUGAUCUAUGGGAUGAACCAGACGGACUUCAAGCCCUACCACACCACACUGUACGCCAACAUGUUUGUGAAGCUGCACCUGUACUUCCAGGAGUUUGAUUGGCUGACCUCGUGGGACCACGAGUACUCACGCCGUGCAUGGUACCGCACAUGGUUCCAGGUGCUCAACGACGCCAACAGGGGACGCUUCAACGCCAACCACAAGCAGAAGUUUAAUAACCGCCAGCCAGGGUUUAAUGACCCUGAUGACGGAGCCGCUGACUACUAUCUGCAGUUGGAGAUGCCUACGCUGGAGGAUCUAGAUGCGCUGUAUGAGCUGAUUGUGCGUCUGCUCUUCCCCAUUGCCGCACGCUUCCCGCGGCUGUCUGUGGUCCAUGCCUCCCACCACGGCAUCCAGUCUCUGUUGGGAGUUAUCUCCAAGACCAUGUACGGUUCGUCCCUGAUUAUCUGGGAUCAUGGGGUGUUGUGGCGUGAGCGUCUACUGGCCCUGUCCACUCUACCGCCCCAGGUCAUGGCUAAGUUCGUGCAGAUUGGGUUUGUGGGUCUGACGCGCCUUUCGGCGACACUCGCGUACAACGCAGCGAACUGUGUGUGCCCGUGCACUUCUAUCCAGAACGUCCAGUGGGAGGCCUAUCUCGGCGGAGGCAAGUACAGCAACGAUACGAUGGAGCGUAUGAUCUACCGUAAGAUCUCACCCGUGCUCAACGGAAUGGAUGUGAACCGUUUCCGUAUCGACAAGUCGAAGGAAAAGGACAACCCCACGACCGUGAUGCUGUCCCACGUCAAUCGUAUCAAGGAUGUGCUCAACGCCAUUGAGGCCGCCGCGGUCAUCGUGCACGAAUACGGACUGAAAGAGUACAAGUUGCUGGUGUAUGGAUCUCUGGACUCGGAUCCGUUGUACGCCAACGAGUGUGCCAAUGCAAUCAUUGCGCUUAAUUUGGCGGAGAAUGCCUUCCUGUGUGGUUUAGGUAACCCUGCGCUGGUGCUGCCCCAAGGAUGGGUGUUUGUGAACAGUUCGGUAUCUGAGGGUCUGCCCUUGGCCAUUGGUGAAGCAGGACUCACUGGACUGCCUGUGGUGUGCACGGAUGUAGGUGGAUCUCGAGAGGUGCUGAGUGACACCACUCCGGGCGAAACCAUUGAUCCGCUCAUUACUUACGGGCGCAUUGUGGCCCCUCGCGCACCCGCCGAUCUCGCGCGAGCACAACUGGAGAUUAUGGGACUGUUGGAUGGUGUGGAACGAAUUGUGGACCCAAAGUACACGGACGACGAUGUCAAGCUGGAGGACAUCCGACACGACCACUCACAACUACUAGGCCGAUUAAUGGACCCCCGAAUCAAGGCCAAAAGGCGGCGCCUGGGGCUGCUACUGCGAUCGCGCGUAUUCAGAGUGUUCCCCAUCUCUCGGUACUUGCGUGAGCACGAGCAGCAGAUCUGGAUCUCUGCGCUGCAGUGUCAGCAUUGGGAUCUGUGGCAAAUGGUGCAGCGCUUUGUGAUGCCCCGAAGGCGUGACCCCAACCGACCGCAGGAGAUGCUCGAAGACGGCGAAGAUGAUAUCAGGGACGACGAUUUGUCAGGUGGUCUCAUGGCCUUCACCCACGCCACCGCGGCACUGGCGCCCAAGGUGCAGGAGAUACGCACAGAGAUCCGGUCAGAAAGUACCGAACCUCUAAACCCCCCAGCGGAAGCCGUAGCCCCAUCCUCUACGCCGCCUAAGGUGGCUGCACGCCCACAGUUUCUGCUGGCAGAUGCCGACGAAAAGGACCGCGAGGGCAUGAAGACUAUACAACUGCCCGAGUUGAAGGCCAUGAGCAACAACGCAGACACCUCCGAACGCUCGGAAGUCGCGAGAGAUGACGAUGACGAGGAUGUCUUCUUUAGAAACCUGCCACCCACGCCAGAGACUUCGAAUCCCACCAAGGGCUCUUUUGGCGCUGGAGAUUAUGGACAAACUGAGUCCAAUUUGGAGAUCGUGGUGCCUGACAGUCAGAAGAACAUUCUGGGCGAUAGAUACGGCCCUAUCCCCGUGCGCCGCAAUACAGCCGUGUUGACGGUAACGGAUGUUUCGAUGAGCGAAGAUGGGGAGGACCAAGUAACGCGCCCGCCAAAGAUCGGAGCACCCGUUCUACCUACCGGAGAUGCGGAAUUGGUUGGAGAUGUCGACGCAGCACUCUCUGUGGAAAGGCAGAACACCAUCAUCCAGGCCAAGCAACCUGAGGACGUGUCAGCGCAAUUAGGAAACAUUGUGGAACGACAUCGUCGGCGUAAAACAAUCACAGAUGUCCAGGGCAGAACCAAGCGAGAGCAGUCAUUGGUGGCCAAGACACUCAAGCGAAAUGCGGAACACCAAACACCCUUGGCUAUGACGCUGCGUGAGAAGAUACAAAGAGACGAAGAGAAGGCACACCGUAGAGAAAACAAAUCGGGUGAAAACCUGCACAUUACUCGCACGCAAAGUCUUGCGCACGAGCCCGCGACUUCCAGGUCUAGCGAUCCCGAACGACAGCCAAUACCUCCCCGCGACUACGCAAAGGACACUCUACACAGGCACAGACAGGACGAUGCAAAAAAAUAGGCGGCAUGCGGACAACGAUCAUAUGCUAUAGAGAGUUUAGAGACGACUGCAUAUAAAUAAGACUGCAGUUGUGAUGGAAUGCAGAGCGAUAUGUGAUUGAAAAUAUAUCUGUAUGCCGUGGCUCCCGUGUUGUGCCGUACAUGUGUGUGCUCGGGUUCGUGGCGGAGACCAGUACAGUGGAGAUCCGAGGCGAUGUGAAUUUAGUUUUUUGGAUUUAAGGAUCGAAACGAUAUGAAUUACUUUUAUGUAUGAUAGAAAGGAUAAUGCAAAGGCAUUCAGAUCUUCUGUGCUGCAACGGCUUCACCAACCACGCAACACGCUUCGCAGAAAAUUGGAUGCGCAGUAUACUUUUAAUUUAAUAAACUUAUAGCACGACAGGCA